CACUUGAUCGUCUCUUGGUUUCGUUGACCGAACAACUUGUUUAUAAAUUGUUUUCUAAUUUAAUUUAAAGAAAUAAGUUUAUUUCUAUGUUUAUACAACAUGGUUUCUUAUAAAAUUGCAAAAAGUAUUUAUACUAUAGUUAGCUACCUAGGCGCCUACGAGUUGUGAUUAUAAAGCAAUAGUAGUGAUAUUUUCUCACAUAAUUAUGGUUAACUGACGUUAUAGUUAAGACUGUGCAUCCUCAAUUAUGGCAGACCCAGGUUAUUACCACAGUGAUUAUAUUCGAUUCGGUGUCAAGUAUGGAGUUAAGACGGAGUGUAUUCCAGAAAUAGCUUUGCCGUCUAAGUUGGAAGAACUCAAGGAUGUCAUACGUAGGGAGAUACGUAAAGAACUCAAAAUAAAGGAAGGCGCGGAGAAGUUACGCGAAGUCGCCACCGAUCGAAAAUCUCUAUCUCAUGUAGCGUAUAUUGUCAAAAAUGCUAAUAUAAAGCUUAACGAGCUGAAGUCUGACUUGCAAGAGUUGGAAUCGCAACUUCUUUUGUCACGCGGUCAGUCGACACCGACGUCGCCGGAAGACUUGUCUUACGAUGAAGAGAUCAUACUGGCCUCGGAAGCAGCGCAACAACAGCGUCAACUGGGAGAAGGUACGACUGAUCGGAAGUUGGCUACGUUAGAAAAACAAUUGAAUAUAGAGUUAAAGGUGAAACAAGGGGCCGAAAAUAUGAUACAGAGCAUUAGUAGUAGCAACCAACGUGAUAAAAAGCUCCUCGCUGAGGCACAUCAGAUGCUCGCCGAUUCAAAGGAUAAGAUUGAAUAUCUCAAGUUGCGUAUUUCAAAGUUGAGUAAGCAACAAAAGGGUGAUAAUGCAAGUGCAAAUGGAGAUGGGAGAAGUACAGACAUAGGUGGAGUUGAACCUCUGCUUGAUGAGAGGAUUGCAGAACUACGAAACCGCUUACGCAUAGAGGCAGCUGUGGUUGAAGGAUCUAAAAAUGCCAUAAGACUUUUACAGAGUGACAAGAAGGUAACUGAUAAGAAAGCUCUUCAAGAAGCCCAGGCUAGCUUGCAUGAAUCCACUCAAAAGUUAGAUUUGCUUCGUAGGUCCUUAGAUAUGCGCCGCCAAGAGCUACCUGCUGAAAGUGCUGCAUUUAUUGAAUUAGGACAUGAAUUACGUAGCACUGGCUCUAGUCCUGGGUACAUCAGUUUGUCAGGUGCAGGUGGACCAAGAAGCCAAUUCAUGUCCCCAGCUCCAAUGAUCAGUCCAUGUGUGCAAGUGACAGGUACAUUGGAGGUUAGAUUGAUGGGUUGUCAAGAUCUAUUGGAGGAUGUGCCAGGACGUAGUCGUAGGGACCCACUAGCUAGUCCUUCAGACUUAAAAUCCUUUGUCAAAGGAGUCACAAUACGUAACUCAAUUAAAUAUACCUACAGCAUUAAAGAGGACACAAGCAAUGAAAUCAUGGCAGUGAUGAAGUUGGACAACCAUACUGUGGCUCAAACCAGUUGGAGACCUUGCUCUCAGCAGGCCUGGGAUCAAAGAUUUACCAUCAAGCUGGACAAGUCCAGAGAACUGGAAAUUGGUAUUCAUUGGAAGGAUUGGCGUGGGCUGUGUGCUGUAAAAUUUUUGCGUUUGGAAGAAUUUAUUGAUGACAUCAGACACGGCAUGGCAUUGGAACUCGAACCUAAGGGGGUUUUAUUUGCUGAAAUCAAAUUUUUAAAUCCAAUUAUUUCCAGAAAACCUAAACUACAAAGGCAGCGUAAAAUCUUCAAACAGCAAGGCAAGAAUAUACCGAGACAUGAUAUGCGCAUACCUGCUGUUGUGAUUGGCAGACUUCUGAAAGGAUCCUCACCUUCUAUACAGAAUAUAUCUCAUAUUCAAUCACAUCAGCAUGCAUUUGAACCUAGUAUUGACAACAAAGAUAUUGAAAAUCCUCAUGCUACACUUGUCGGAAUGGCUGCAGUGCGACCACUGGGUCUGCCGACUACUCCACAGACGCCUAUUACUCCACCACCAAAACCAACGUUGCCUUUACAGCCACCUCCUAAUGUAUCUACCCUCAGAAUGGAAAAGGAAUUACAAGAAGCGUUUGCCUUCCUAGAAGAUUCUUAUACCAGAGACUCGUAUAUCUCAAAAGAACCACAAACUUCUUCAUGCAACACACCUCUUGUUGAGUACCCCCCAUCGCCAUCACCAAAAUUAGUUCUCGAAUUUCCAAGCAAUGAAGAUCAAAUAAUAGAGGUAACAAGUAACAUGCGUAUUUCAUCAUCACGUUCUUCGUCAGUUAUAGAAACACUGGGUAAGGACUUUGAUUCUAGGAGGCAAUCAGGGGACAUGUCUAUGACGAGCUUUAGACUUUUGAGUGUUUUAGGAAGAGGUCAUUUUGGAAAAGUAAUAUUAGCUCAGUAUAAACCUACUAAUGAAUAUUUUGCGAUAAAAGCUUUAAAGAAAGGUGAUAUAAUUGCCAGAGACGAAGUUGAUUCUUUACUGUCUGAAAAGCGUAUUUUUGAGGUAGCCAACGCAAUCAGACACCCAUUUUUAGUUAAUCUAUUUGCAUGUUUUCAAACUGACCAACAUGUGUGUUUUGUGAUGGAAUAUGCAGCUGGAGGUGAUCUUAUGAUGCACAUACACGCAGAUGUGUUCACAGAACCCAGGGCAGUAUUUUAUGCAGCUUGUGUAGUAUUAGGUUUACAGUAUUUACAUGAAAAUAAUAUAAUUUAUAGAGAUUUAAAACUAGAUAACCUGCUCCUUGAUACUGAAGGAUAUGUAAAAAUUGCCGAUUUUGGUCUAUGCAAAGAAGGAAUGGGUUGGGGAGACCGCACUGGUACGUUUUGUGGCACUCCAGAGUUCCUUGCUCCAGAAGUUUUAACUGAAACUUCAUAUACUAGAGCUGUUGACUGGUGGGGCCUUGGAGUUUUAAUAUUUGAAAUGUUAGUGGGAGAGUCCCCAUUCCCAGGUGAAGAUGAAGGUGAAGUGUUUGACUCCAUUGUGAAUGAUGAAGUUCGCUAUCCUAGAACUUUAUCCCUAGAAGCCAUUGCCCUGAUGCGUAGAUUACUAAGAAAAAAUCCAGAACGACGCUUAGGGUCCUCUGAAAGAGAUGCAGAAGAUGUGAAAAAACAAGCAUUCUUUCGCAAUGUUGACUGGGAGCAAUUACUACUUCGUAAAGUCAAACCACCAUUUGUGCCAACAAUUAAUAACCUUGAAGAUGUCAGUAACUUUGACAGUGAAUUUACUUCAGAAGCGGCAGUAUUGACUCCACCUAAAGAGCCUCGUCCUCUCAGCAAUGCAGACCAUAAACUCUUUACAGACUUCACAUACAUGGCAGAUUGGUGCUAGGAAAAAAUAAUUCAAUACGUUUAUUAUAUUAAAAGAAGGUAGAAUAAUUCUUAAUCAUAAAAACCCCAUUGCCUUAAAUGUGUGAGUGAAAAAAUCUGUAUUUUGAUAUAUUAAUCUUAACUAUACAGAAGGGUAUCUAAUGUAGAUAUACCAUGUUAACUUGUAUUUAAUGCAGUUGAAUGCAAUAUUUUAUAAUAAAUUGUGUAAUUUAGUAUCGUAAGUUUUAAAUAGCCCUAAUCUUUAUUUUUUUAAAAACAUUGUGUUACAGAUAUAUAUAUUAUGUAGUUAUGAAAUGAUUAACGUAGAAAUUAAAUAUUUUAAGUAAAAGCGUGUCAAAUAAAUCAUUGUUUUCAGUCAAUUCUUUACUUAUCAGUGA